CGAUUCCUCUCAAAAUUGUUCAGCCUUAGCUUCGCACACGAGUUGAUUCACUCGAUUCAAAAGCCUCUCUCACUCUCUCUCGUAGCCUUGUUCAUUAGCCAUGGCGCUGACGGUGCGUUCCUCCACGUCGUUCCUGUCGCCGGUGGACCCCUCCUCCAAGCUCCUCCACAAACCUGGCGGCGACGACGCGGUGCCUUCUCCCGCCCACGCCGCCGCGCCGAGCUGCAGGCUGCGCCUCGUCGGGGCGGGCGCGGCGGCGGCGCCCGCGGCGGAGCGCGCGCCGGCCGAGGCCGAUCUGCUGCACGGCGGCGGCGCGGGGCAGACACACGGUCGGCCGCGCGGCGGGGCGCCGGUGUACGUGAUGCUGCCGCUCGACACGGUGAGACCGGGGGGGCAGCUGGGCCGGGCGCGCGCGGUGGCGGCGAGCCUGAUGGCGCUGCGGGGCGCCGGUGUGGAGGGCGUCAUGGUUGACGUGUGGUGGGGCGUGGUGGAGCGAGAGGGGCCCGGGCGGUACGACUGGGAGGCCUACGCCGAGCUCGUGCGCAUGGUGGAGCGCGCCGGCCUCCGCCUCCAGGCCGUCAUGUCCUUCCACCAGUGCGGUGGCAACGUCGGCGACUCCUGCAACAUCCCUUUGCCGCCGUGGGUGUUGGAGGAGAUGAACAGCAACCCAGACAUCGUGUACACGGACAGGUCCGGCCGCCGGAACCCCGAGUACAUCUCCCUCGGCUGCGACACGCUGCCGGUGCUCAAGGGCCGGACCCCCAUCCAGGUCUACGCCGACUACAUGCGCAGCUUCCGCGACAGGUUCCGCGACUACCUCGGCAACGUCAUCGCGGAGAUCCAAGUGGGCAUGGGGCCUUGUGGAGAGCUGAGGUAUCCUUCCUACCCAGAGGCCAAUGGAACCUGGCGCUUCCCGGGCAUCGGCGAGUUCCAGUGCUAUGACAAGUACAUGGGGGCGUCGCUGCAGGCCGCGGCGACGGCGGCAGGGCACGAGGAGUGGGGGAUGGGCGGGCCGCACGACGCCGGCGAGUACAAGCAGCUCCCGGAGGACACUGGUUUCUUCCGGUGGGAGGGCACGUGGAGCACCGAUUACGGCCGCUUCUUCCUGGAGUGGUACUCGGGCAUGCUCCUGGAGCACGGCGACCGCGUCCUGGCCGCCGCCGAGUCCGUCUUCGGCGGCACGGGCGCCACGCUCUCCGCCAAGGUCUCCGGCAUCCACUGGCACUACCGGACGCGCUCCCACGCCGCGGAGCUCACCGCGGGGUACUACAACACGCGGCACCGCGACGGGUACGCGCCGAUCGCGCGCAUGCUGGCCAAGCGGGGCACCGUGCUCAACUUCACGUGCAUGGAGAUGAAGGACGAGCAGCAGCCGCCGCACGCCAGCUGCUCGCCCGAGCUGCUGGUGAAGCAAGUCAAGGCCGCCGCGGCGGCCGCCGGGGUGGAGCUCGCCGGCGAGAACGCGCUGGAGAGGUACGACGACUCGGCGUUCUCGCAGGUGGCGGCGACGGCCCGGGGCGCGGGGCUGGCCGCGUUCACGUACCUGCGCAUGAACAAGAAGCUCUUCGACGGCGACAACUGGCGGCAGUUCGUCUCGUUCGUCAGGACCAUGGCCGACGGCGGCAUGAGUCCCGCGCUGCCGCGGUGCGACACGGAGCACUCGGACCUGUACGUCGGGUUCCUGGACGCCGCCAAGGAGAGGAAAGCGCCGGAGGCCGAGGGCGCCACUGCCGCGGCAUUUUAGGUGGUGCACCAAUGCCUGUGCGUAUAUACACACAUGCACCAUGCUGUUGUAUAUAUGUACGAUACGUACGUACCCAUGUGUAUGCGUACUGUAUAGAUGCUGGGGCUUGCAGAUUACAGAGUUUUAUAGGGUGUAAUCGAGCAGGCAACUAGGCAAAGCAGGCAGGCAUGUUCGGUACUUUGGAUGUCUUCAUUCCGUUCGAAACUGUUUUAUUAGUAUAUUUAUAUAAUGAGCAACUUAGUGAC